AUGUCACCUCCAGAUACUCAAGACUUGCUGAGAGCCAGAACCACUAAUGCAAUCACUAACUUCCUACAAUCAGGAUGGAACCAAGAAACUCUUCAUCACCGCCUCUUCAUGAAAUCCAAACACUUCUUAAAGGACCACGAAGACAUAAAAAUCAUAAGGGCUGACAAAGGAAAUGUCACCGUGGCUAUCUCAUCUGCACAAUACGAUGAAAAAAUGUCUAGACUGAUUAACGAUGACACUGUCUAUAGAAGAAUCCUUACUGAUCCAACGAAUAAAUACCAAACCUCUAGUAACAAAUUUAUCAAAGAACUUAAAGAUAAUGGCUGGAUUAAUUCACCCACUGCAACCAAGCUUAACAAUUAUAAAGGCACCCCACCACUCAUUUAUGGACCACCAAAAAUUCAUAAACAAGAUGUACCAUUGAGGCCAAUCGUUUCAACAUUGAAUUCUCCCACAUCAAAUCUCAGCAAAUUUAUGGCUGACUUUCUAUCAACUGCCUUCAAGGAGAAUUUUAGCAACUAUUCCAUGAAAAAUUCUUACGAGUUUGCACGAAAAGUGAAAAACCUCCAAUUGCCUCCAAAUUAUGUGAUAGUUUCAUUGGACGUAGUUAGUCUGUAUACCAACAUAUCGUGGGAGAUCACAGAAAGAAUCAUAAGGAUACAUUGGGCAAGAACUGCCUCAGUCACAAACAUACCACAGGAAUGCUUCUUGAGGAUCUUCAAAUUCCUGUUUGAUGCCAAUUAUUUCGUUUAUAAAGGACAAUACUUCUCACUGAUGUUCGGCUGCCCCAUAGGAAGUAAUCUCAGCGACAUUCUAGCAUUCAUCGUCAUGACAGAAUUAAUAAAUAUUUGUCUCCUAAGCCUUCCAUAUGAACUAACCUUUUUAUAUCUAUAUGUGGACGACAUAAUCACAUCAAUACCUGCAGAUGGAUUGCAAGAGCUCCUAAAGGUGUUCAAUUCCUAUGAUGAACACAUCCAGUUCACGGUGGAAGAGGAGAAUGAAAAUUCAGUUCCCUUUUUAAACACAAGGGUUAUCAGAGCCCCAGACAACACCUUGAGAUUAAACUGGUAUAGAAAACCUACUAGUUCAGGCAGAUACAUCCAUUAUCGAUCAAAUCAUGAUUGGAAAGUGAAAGCGAACAUGAUCCUCAACUUAAAAAAAUGGAAUUCAUAA